UCCAGUCACCGAGGAGCCGGCAGCGGUCCUGGACGGUGAUGGCCUGAGGACGAGACCCAGGCCCUUUCUCCCUCCACGCGGCUCUGUACCGCCAUGGAGCAUCUGGGAAAACGGGGCGCACCGCCUUAGAGCGCUGUCGGGGCUGGGUCCGCUAGUCGGUAUAGGCCUGGUGCUUUCUGAGAGAUUAGCGUAGCUCCUGAUGGGGAACCAGUCCCUUUGGCCACAUAGCUUCCACGGAGGCUGCGACGCCAGGCGUCUUGGAAGGUGGUCGCUAUAGGCCCGAGGCAUUCUGGGAAGAUGUGCCGCAGGCAUUGUGGAAACUGGGCCUUAUUGUCUCGUUAAGGGCUUGCUGUGGCCUUCUUGACCAAGCAGGAGUAUCUGCUGUGUUCACGGGGGGCAUCUUGAGUUAACUGCUACAGGUUCGGGGCCUCGUGGGGGUCUCAGGCAGUGUUUGAGGGAGCUUCGUUUAUGCCCCUUCUAAAGUCGUGGAAGUCAGACUACUCUAAACGUUGUAGGAAUGAGGCUUGUGCACUAAGGGAUGCCGCUAGGCCCUGUCUAGAAUAGUACUUUGAAGGGGGCCUUGUGUGAUGUGGGCUUGGGAAAGCGUAGACUGCGUUGGUGGGCAUUGUCGCUGUCGCCUUACGGUAACCUCGUGGAAAGUUGGGAUUGUCCCUGGUGUAUGGUUGCCAGGGUCGGCUAUGUGGCUUCCAGCACUGUAGAUCAGUAUAUUACUGCCCACACCACCCAGGCUUGGCCAUGGCAGGCUUUGAAGGGCGAAGAGGAGUUCUCCAGAAGUCCUCUCUACCUGCCAACAUCCUGUCUUAGAGAAGAACCUGCUGCCAGAGGUGAGGCUGUGGAGAGUUGACCGGGGAAGGACGCUGCUCAGCUGCUGCUCUGUUCCUGUCUCUUGUCCCCUCCCCUGGCCAUGACAGAGACCCGUGAGCCAGCUGAGACUGGGGGCUAUGCCAGCUUGGAAGAAGAUGAUGAAGACCUUUCCCCAGGCCCUGAGCGUUCCUCUGACUCUGAAUAUACCCUCUCAGAGCCGGACUCUGAAGAGGAAGAAGAUGAGGAGGAAGAGGAAGAGGAGACCACUGAUGAUCCUGAAUAUGACCCAGGCUACAAGGUGAAGCAGCGCCUGGGAGGCGGCCGGGGCGGCCCAUCCCGCCGGGCCCCCCGUGCAGCCCAGCCCCCAGGUCCCCCGGCUCAGCCCUGCCAGCUCUGUGGCCGCUCACCGCUUGGGGAGGCUCCACCUGGCACCCCACCAUGCCGGCUCUGCUGUCCUGCUACAGCCCCCCAGGAAGCACCAGCCCCUGAAGGCAGGGCCCUCGGGGAGGAAGAGGAGGAGCUACCUCGGGCUAGAGAGGGCCGACCAGUCGGGCGGGAGGAGGAGGAAGAGGAGGAGGAGGAGGAAGAGGAGGAAGGCACCUACCACUGUACAGAGUGUGAGGAUUCCUUUGAUAACCUUGGGGAGCUGCAUGGCCACUUCAUGCUGCACGCCCGGGGUGAGGUGUAGGCAGAGCCCCAGCCGGGGAGCUUGGCAGUGGGGUAGGGUGGGAAGAGGGAGCAGAGGAGACUGGGUGAUUGCAGUGGUCCUGUGGGAUGGGGUACUGCCAAUCUGUGUUGUCUUAGCAGUAGAUGUGUGAUAGCCAGAAUAAAAGCCAAAUUCUGUGUGUGUUGGUCCA